UUGAAGACCUACUAUAUUUAACACAUAAUCCCUUUCAAGGCACAAAAGUGAUGUUCUUUAAAAUCAUUAUGAUGGAAAACAUAACUUGGAUGUUUAAAAAAAUAAGUGCAAGGCACAACGAUGGGACAAUAAAAAUCUUUCCUCUAAAAGAAUACACAAACACACAGAAGGAAGCACACACCAAAUUGAACCUCUUGGGGAGACUUUCAUACAGGUAAACUAUUCACAAACCACAGUUUCAUCUACGUCAAUAUGCGACACUUUAAAACCACACGAAAAGGAAAGGAAAUUUUUUGUACAGCCAGCCUUCGUGCAAUGGAGCUGCCAGUGCUCUUGCUCGGGCCGGACGGCAAGCUCCUGCUUCUCUGAAGACCCACUGCGAGCCCGCAGAGGCUCAGACAAUAUACCCCCAGAUUCUUCAGAUUUUUUUUUUUUUUUAAACAGAGUCAUCCUUACUUCCCCUCAAGAUGACAAACAAUUCUAUCUUCUGCCCAGUUCACAGAGAUCUGGAGCCAUUCACAUACUUUUUUUAUUUAGUUUUCCUUGUUGGAAUUAUUGGAAGUGGUUUUGCAACCUGGGCUUUCGUACAGAACAAAAAUCACAGGUGUGUAAGCAUAUACUUAAUUAACCUGCUUACGGCUGAUUUCCUGCUGACCCUGGCAUUACCAGUGAAAAUCGUUGUUGACUUGGGUGUGGCGCCCUGGAAGCUGAAGAUUUUCCACUGCCAAGUGACAGCCUGCCUCAUCUACAUUAAUAUGUACUUGUCAAUUAUUUUCUUAGCAUUUGUCAGCAUUGAUCACUGUCUUCAGCUGACAUAUAGCUCCAAGAUUUAUCGGAUCCAAGAACCUGGAUUUGCCAAAAUGAUAUCGACCGUGGUGUGGCUAAUGGUCCUUCUUAUAACAGUGCCCAACAUGAUGAUUCCCAUCAGAGACAUCGAGGAGAAGCCAAAUGUGGGAUGCAUGGAAUUCAAAAAGGAGUUUGGCAGAAAUUGGCAUUUACUGACAAAUUUCGUAUGUGUAGCAAUAUUUUUAAAUUUCUCAGCCAUCAUUUUAAUAUCUAACUGUCUUAUAAUUCGACAACUCUACAGAAACAAAGACAACGAAAAUUAUCAGUAUGUGAAAAAAGCCCUCAUCAACAUUCUUUUAGUGACUACCGGCUACAUCAUAUGUUUUGUUCCGUAUCACAUUGUCCGAAUCCCAUACACCCUGAGCCAGACAACGGUGAUCUCUGAUUGCCCAACCAGGAUUUCACUCUUUAAAGCCAAAGAGGCCACACUGCUCCUUGCUGUGUCGAACCUGUGUUUUGAUCCUAUCCUGUACUAUCAUCUCUCAAAAGCAUUCCGCUUUACAGUCACCAAGACCUUUGCUUCAUCUAAGGAGACCAAGGCUCCAAAAGAAAAAAAAAAUGGUGAAAACAACGCAUAAAAUAUGGGAUUUUUCAUGUUAUGCACUUCCUGCCUCGUUGGACAUAUCCAGUACCAGGAAAGAGAGAAAAGGGCCUAAGUAAGAGACAUAUGCAUGGCCUGGUUACUGAGAAACUUUUCUAAAAGUAAGCUAAGCAGUACUCUUGUGGUUGUUAAUGGUCCUAAACCCAAGUAUUUGCAUAAAAAAACUAAAAAAUCCUGUUGAACCAACGUAAAACCGUGCAUUAUCCUUGAAAUCCCAAAGAGUUUUAGGACAAGCUCAGAGGCAUUCAUGAAGUAUUCAUUUAAAUACCAGGAACUGACUUCUUGAUAGAAAUAUGCAAAAUAAUCCAUGUAAGGUUCCAGAAAGCCCUUCAACAACACAAUUUAAAUAAAACCGUUUAGAUCAUACCAAAAAGUCCAGCUGAUCUUCCCAUGAAACCACCUGGGCCUGGUCUAUUUUUUAAUCCAUCAUUUCAAAGAUGGUAACCUUUUAGCUCACUACUCCAAUUUUUAAUAUCUAAUUGUUUUGUAACACAGCAACUAAACCUAUUCACUUCUAAAGAGGCUUGGAAAUACAUGAGUAGUGUUUAAUGUACUUUAUACACUUAUAUUCUAUCAGGUUUAUAAAGACUUUCUACCCUAAGUAAUGACAAAUCCAGUGAUUUCUUAUUUUGUAGUAACAUGAAAUAGACCCUACAGCAUUUUCAAGCAAGUUGUUAAACUGCACUGACUGCUGAAACUACUGUUUUGGAACUAGAAGCUCGCAUCAAAGGUAUGGAAAAACACCACCAGUCAAAUGGACUUAAAACAGACAUGCCAGAUACACAGAGCAUGUGUUGUAGGGAACACAACACAUGCUGGGCUGACUGGCACCAUGUCUGAGUCUGACGCCACAUGGGGCCUCCAGUUUAAAGAAGGGGUGACUCCAGCUCUCAGGGUCACAACCCUCAAAUCUAAUUCUCUCUAUGGCCAGUAAUGCAGAAAGGACUCAACGGAUGAUAUAAAAUAUAAGACUUAUUUAAAAAAAAGAAAAUUGAAAAGUUUAGAUAACCAUACCUGAGACUUCGGGGGUGGGGGGGGUUUCAUUUCAAUAGCAAGUCUGUUUUGCAGCAAGUAGUAAUACGUUUGCAUUAGCUGCAGUGAUUACAAAAUGGUGUUCCCGGCAGCCUCUUGAGCUCGCCCACGCUCAUGUUUCACAAGUGUACUUUUCACUUUAAUAAAUUUUCCCAUUUGUGUAAAAAAAUAAAAAAUAAAAAAGAAAGAGUGUUCCUGGAAACUAACAAAA